UAUGUUUAGAAUAAAAGGGAGAAGAAAAAAAAAAUUUCCUUGAUGUAACUAUUUCAAAUACAUUCAAUCUAACGCUUUAUAGUUUUCAUAGCAAAUUUAGCCUUGUUUCAAAUCCAAAUCCUUUUUUUUUGUUCCAAAUUGUCCAUCCAAAUAGAGCCUUAUAGUUCCCUGCUGAAGCCACCUUUUCUGAUUGCAUGAACAUUCAAACUGCUCUUCUGGUUCUUUCGAAAUCCUCCUUUUAUCGUUUCUAAUUCCAGUAUGCAUAAAGAUAUUUCACCUGAGCUAUAUAAAUGAGAAAGCAUGUGAUCAACAUCUAACGGUUGUCCCGCAACAUGGAUACUGGGUUAAGGUGGUCUCACACUUGUUUACCUUUUCCUUUUCCUAGUAGUAGGAGUAGGAUAUGCCUUAGACUCCUAAGUUCCAAACAAAUUAACUCAAAGGAUCACUUAUAAUGCGCAGCACUGCAACAUAUAUUAGAAACUUCAAAACAGGCUUGUUGUAGCUCAUCUCAAACAAUCGACUUGUUUAAAAUAUAUAACACUGAUAUUAUAACAAUUUACUAUGCAACUAUUUUUGGACCGAGAAGUCUUUUUUGAGAUUGUAAAACUUUCUUUACUGUCUGGCUAUAUGGAUGAAUUUUGUCCAACCAAGCAACUGCUUUUGCAUCAUUGGGUCAAGGAAUUGUACUCUGUCAAUAGGCAAGCAGAAUGGUGGAUUGAACGUAGGAACUCCAAUGGCAUUUGAUUAUGUUUUGACCUGGGUUCUAAUUUCAUCUGGUUUAUCAAGUGAUGCAAGUCAUCAGAAUGGUUUAACUGUUGAGGGUCCGUUAUCAAUGAAUUUACCCAAUGGCCAGUCAUCUAGAUCUCAUCAAAAUUCACAAGCAGCAUGUUCAAUGCAAGGGAAGAACAUUACAGUUCCAAUUUCGGUUCUGAAAAAUCCCCUCCCUGCAGUGGCAGCAUCUACAGUGGAAACUAUUGAAGGAGAUGAUGCAUUAGGAAAUGGCAUGGCUCCUCGAAAAAGAAGAAAGAAGUGGUCUGAGGCUGAAGAUUUGGAGCUGAUUGCUGCUGUCCAGAAAUAUGGGGAAGGAAAUUGGGCAAAUAUCUUACGAGGAGAUUUCAAAGGGGACAGAACACCUAGUCAGCUAGCUCAGAGGUGGAAAAAUAUUAGGAAGAAUAAUCUAGACUUGAAUGUUGGAGGCGGCUCAAGUAGUAAACUUUCAGAAGCACAGUUGGCAGCUCGUCAUUCAUUGUCCGUAGCCCUGAAUAUGCCUAACAUCACAGCUAAUACAAUUGGCACCGCUGGGACAAGUACACACAGCAAGCUUGCUGGAACAAAUGCAACUAGCAACUCUGUGCAUUGUACUACUGCUGAAGCAAAACCGCAGUCCCAGCAAGGCCUUAACCCAGUGAAAACAUAUCAAACAGGAUUGUCGGGUUCCACAACAAAAGCUCCAGUGAUCGCCAAAAAGACUAUACCGAAGCUUACUGAUAGUAUGGUAAGAGCCGCUGCGGUCGCUGCUGGGGCACGCAUUGCUUUUCCUUCAGAUGCUGCAUCACUUCUCAAGGCUGCUCAGGCGAAGAAUGCUGUCCAUAUCAUGCCUACAAGUGGUUCUUCUACCCAAUCUGUUAAACCUGGCGGCAUGUCUACCCACUCAGAACUUCCCCCUAAUGUACAUAUAAUGCGUAGCAGCUCGGCUGCUACGCCACUUUCCACCCCUUCAUCCACUGCUGCCACACCUGGCACCACACGCCCUCGGUCUUCAAAAGUUCUUCCUCAGGCAAGUCAGCACACUCCAACCAGUGACGCAAUGUUAUCCAGACAGACCAAUGGUGUUAGCUGUAACCUGGAUGCUGAGCCGGGCUGUGCUCCGACAGAUCAGAUCCAAGAUGGAGCAGUGAUCUCUAGGGAUGGACCGAAUGACCGAGUUCAAAAGGAUAAAUCACCUGACCAGAAAGCUCACUCAAAAAAUUUGUCAACCAAUGCUGAAAAUCCCGUUGAUUCACUGAAGGUCGAAAGUGAUGAAACUGAUAGUAAAGCUGUCACAGGUGUAAAAGCUGAAGAGAGAAAAAGUGCAAAAGAUAAUGAGAUUCCGUGUUCAUCUGCUAAUGUAGGAGGCAGUGAUCCAUCUGCAGUUGACAGUUGUGAAACCGAAGCGCAAGUGAGAAGUACACAGAUCUUCUCGCCAUUGCAACAGAUGGAUGCAAGGGAAAACAGGUCGUAAGCAAGGAGGAGGGUGACAUUUAACAUCUAGGGGAAGAAGAGGAUUAGAGUAUCUUGUAAAGAUUGUGAUAUAAAUUUAGUUAGACCUAAUGAAUGUUUUGGAUCUUAACGAUGGAUGGAUGGAUGGUUUCCGUCAAUGAUGUAAAUUCGUUCAGUUUUGGAUGCUGAUGGUGUUCCCGCAUUGCAUUACAGUUGAGCACCCUGUUGAAUUUUGCAGUCUGUCGUCGUUCUUUU